GUUGGUAGAGGUGAUGCGAGUUCCGGGCUGCUGCCACCUUGUACUGUCAGCACAGGAGAGAGCGGAGAAGCCGGAGGGAUGCAGCCUCCUCCAAGGAAAGUAAAAGUCACUCAGGAAGUGAAGGUUCGAUUUGGGGACCAGCUUUCAAGUCUUCAGAACAAGCAGCAGCAAGAUGCUGAGCUCCUGGAAGACAUCAGGUCAUUCUGCAAACAGCGAGCAGCCAUUGAAAAAGAGUACGGUCAGGCUCUCCAGAGACUGGCAAGUCAGUACCUUAAGAGAGACUGGCAUCGUGGGAAGAAUGAAACCCAAGAAUGCAGGAGCGUGUUUUCUGUGUGGAAGUCUAUGAUGGAAGGGGCUGUUUUUAUAGGACAGGCAAGAGUCACUGCAGCAGACAAUUAUAGGAACGUCACUGCUGAAGCAGCUAAAACUGUUCGUACUGCGAAGGAGCAACUCCUGAAAAAGAGUAUUGAGCAGCUUGUGAAAGUGCAGAAUGAAUUACUGGAAACUGUGAAAGAAGUCAGCAAAACCAAGAAACGCUAUGUCCAAAUGGAACGAGUCAGCGAGGUGGCCAAAGAGAAGGCAGCUGACACAGAGACCAGGUUAAAGAAGAGCGAUCAUAGCAUCUUUCACUCCAAGGCCAGCCUGCAAAAGCUCAGUGCCAAGUUUUCCACACAGCUGGUGGUCUGUACGCAACAAUUAUCAGAAGCACGGAAUGAGUAUCUCUUGUCUUUGGCUGCCGCUAAUGCCCAUCUUGAUCUUUACUACUUGACACACUUGCCGGAGAUCAUGAAGUGUUUAGAUGGGGAUCUUUAUGAGAGACUUCGGGAUUACCUUUCAAUGAUCAACAAGACUGAGCUUAACAUUUGUAAAUCCACACAGGAACGGUUUGCAGACAACCUGGAGGCUUCCCUUCAGGUUUCUCGUCAACAGAAUUUACAGCUUUUUCUGAAAGACACCAAUUUGUUCUCCCCAGUACCUAUUCAGCAAUUCCACCCUGCAGGGACAGAUAAGGUGUCAAAGCUAGAAACACUCAUUAAAGGUCCAGAAGCAGAGAACGUGUUAGACAAAGAUGCACGAAGAUGGACAAGUCGAGCAGCAAGAGAUUAUAAACUGAAAACCCAUGGCGAAAGGGUUCUGCAAAGACUGGAAUCCAGGAGGAAAAUUGCUGCAGAAGAGGAGCUGCCCAGCAUGGAUCUGAAAAUAGAGGAAGUAAAGGAGAGUGUGCGGAAAGCUGAGGUCAGUAAGGAAAAAGCAGAUGCCCGGGUGGAGUUGUUGCGUCAGGUCGUAGUUGAUGUAGACACCUGGCUGGCUGGUGCUAUGACACAAGCCAAUGAAGAACUCGAGCAAGAGCGACGUCUUAGUGAAGCCCGGAUGUCUAACGGAGAGAUGUCGCCCACUAUGGAAGAAUUUGAUUUCUCAGAGUUUGAGGACGAUGGCGGUGAUAUAUUUGAAGAAUCCGAUUUAAAUUUGAGUGGCUCUCGCUCAUUCCCCUCACCUUGUCAAGUUUUUUACAGUUAUACGGCUACCCAGCCAGAUGAACUAUCUAUCACACAAGGCGAGGUUCUGGAAGUCAUUGAAGAUGGAGAUGUGGAAGAAUGGGUGAAGGCCCGGAACAAAAGUGGACAGGUUGGCUAUGUACCAGAAAAGUACAUUAACUUCAUUAAACAGAGUGCUGCACAAUCCAUGGACACUGGUCAUGACAGGGGGAUGUCUACAGAAAAAUCAUUCUCUGCAAUAGCCAGGCUGGAAUGGGCUGAUGCAGGAGUAUCUCUUGCCCGAGCACUUUAUGACUACGAAGGACAGAGUGAAGAAGAGCUCAGUUUCUUGGAAGGAUCCAUCAUUCAAAUUAUCCGUAAAGAAGAGAGUGGAAUAGAUGAUGGCUUUUGGAUGGGAGAAUUCAAUGGAUGUGUUGGAGUGUUUCCAUCACUUAUGGUGGAAGAGUUAACAGGAGAUGAUUCAGAACUAAACAAGGAUCUUCCUUCGCCUGCUCCACCUACCUCUCUUCCUCCAAUGCUUUCUCCACUUUCCAUCACUAGAUCUUCACUGCAAGGAACAGCUGGACAGUCAGGUAUUUACUCCAGACAGAACGGUUCAGGGAGUGCGCAGAGCUCUCCAGAUUUUUCAGGAACACGCUUGAGACCAAUGCGAGCAGCACCUCCGCCUCCAACAAAGGCUGCCGACACCCUACCAGCAGACCACUGACUGUGACUAUAUGGCUUGUGCCUUGCAUGUCAAUAAUCUCAACAAGCCUUCUGCAAUCUAUGCAAAUUGGAUUGUGAUGAGAGUUCUAUGAAACAGAUGUCAGCUUUUCAGUUUACCCACUUCUGAGACUUUGUGAAACCGGAAGACCUUAUUUACCAAAGACAGUGAACAUUUUCCUCCUGAAGACAGUAUUCCACAGGACUUGACUAGAAGGUCAUAUUUGACUCCCUAUGUGAAACUUCCUUUUUUUUUAAUACCCUAUCUUUGCACUUUUAUUAGAUUUCAAAAGAAAUGUUCUCAUGCUUUAAAAUUAUUUAUGCAUAUUGUAUUUUAAAGGCUUUAGAAGAAAAUGUAAAAAAUAUUUAUCAUAAUUAAAGUGCUGGGAUAUGGCAGUAGUUCUGUCUGACCUGUCACCAAGUUUAAUUGUGUGUGGCCAGCCUUAGUGCUCAUUCUUUCUUAUUCAUUUUGAACC